UUCCGGCACCUUUACGAGUUAUUUUUCUUGGACGACCCCGACCCCUUUUAGAAGAACUACAGAUUGGUAAAGCACAAGAGGAAUCAGAAUCAAUGUCAAGACUAACAAUGGACUCAUCGUCAAGACAACUAACGUUAGACUCAUCAAAUCUACUAACUUUUUCUGGACAAUCAGAUCGAAUCAUUGUUCUUGAGGACAAAAAGGGAGAAUCAUUUGAGGUUGAAGGAGAACCACCCAUAGCGGACAAAAAAGGGGAGUCAUUUCUAGAUGUUGUGGCAGCAACAUCCAUAGAGGACACACUCAACCCUAAUUGUGAAACACUAAAAACAUUACCAGAGGAUCCUGCGUGUCCAAAGUCCUAUAAUUAUGUUAUAAUUUAGAAAUGAAAAAAUUUUUAUUUUAGAAAAUAAUUAAGUUUAACAAAACAAAUUGCCCAAGAAAACGGUAUGGUUUAACUACUACAUAAGUAUUUGAAAAUAUAUAUUUCAUUUGAACGGUUUUUGACAGCCGAACCUCACUUAAAAAACUAAGUAAACAAUAGAUUC